GAGGGAGAUGUGAUUCUAUGCAACAUAAAGACAAAAGAUGAUGAAAGGAACCCUAAUUUCCUCCUUUACCCUAAUCUUCUUAAAGCUUUCUCUCUCCUGCCUGAUUCCUCGCUCAUGUAUAUCCAUCCAUUGGGCGGGUGUAGUAUAUCUAUGUGCUUCACUGAAUGAAUGGAAGAUGAAUAAAUGAAUGAACAACUCAUAGGUUGAAUUUCAGCAACAACCAUUAUUAGCAUAAGAAUUCACACAAGUUAAGUUGCAGUAGUACCUCAGCAACAAAUUAACAUGGUGGGAUAUGUGAUUUGUGGGACAGAGUCUGAGAAACCAGCUUGGCUGGAUUCCCUACUUACAGAAAAAUUCUUUGCGGGAUGCUCGAAUCAUGAAAGUGCUAAGAAGAAUGAGAAGAACAUAUUUUGCUUGGAUUGUCUCAGAAGUAUCUGUCCACAUUGUCUCUAUGUACACCGCAGUCACCGCCUUCUUCAGAUAAGGAGAUAUGUGUAUCAUGAUGUUAUUAGGCUGGAUGACAUGGAGAAACUGAUGGAUUGCUCAUACGUUCAGGCAUACACUACUAACAGUGCAAAGGUAGUCUUCUUGAACCAGAGGCCCCAGUCCAGGCCUUUCAAGGGAUCUGGUAAUAUCUGCAGCACAUGUGAAAGGAGCUUGCAGGAGCCCUAUCUCUUCUGCUCUCUUGGAUGUAAGGUGGAUUAUAUAGUUAACCAUGGCAAAGAUCUGAGCAAGUACUUACAUGAGUGUGAGUAUUUAGCCCUGUCAGAUUUUGUGUUUGCACACUCUGAUGGGUUGAGGGAGGAGGAGGAUGGAUUGAUGACUCCCAAUUCAACUUUGUAUAAUACUUUUCUUCACACAUCAUCUGGGUCCAGUGAGAGUGAGGAAAUGGAAUACAGAACAUUUGGUUGCACUGCUACAACUGAAUUUGUGAAGAAGAGGAGGAGUGCCAUUGCAGUCUGUGAGACAUCAAUAAAUACAGAGUCCUUAAAUAGAAGAAAAAGCACCCCUCACAGAUCUCCUUUCUAUUGAUUCAUUCUCUCUCUGCUUCAUGUAUUUUUUAAAUUUCUUUUUUUAUUCAUACAAGAAGGCUCUUUAGAUGUAGGUUUGAAAUUCCUUGGUUCUUCUAUUUCUUUCUAGAAGGAAGUUUCAGCAAGUCUGAUACUCAGGUCUUGCAAUUUUGGAUGUAGUAAUUGUAAUUUAUUAGGGUAUAAAAUGUGUAGAGGAUGCCAAAGGGGUAGAUAAAAUCCCACUAGGGAUAUAGGAUAGAGUUAUUGGUGAUGUUCAAUAUGGUAACCUUGGUAUAUGGAAUGAAAAAGGUUGUUUGUUAAGUCUA